GCCGCCCACACAAAGCACAAAAAUAAAAGUGGCAAGCCUACUCAACAAACACUUAAAAAAGGAAAUAUAAUGCAAGGCCAUUUACGUAAAGUAGUGUGUCCAAACCUAGGGUUUGAGAAAUCGUUUAUAAAUACAAACACAUUGUCCUCAAAACCCUACCUCUCUCUCUCUUACACUAGCCGCUUCUCUUCAUAUAGCUAAUCAAUAUGGGUAAGGAAAAGAUUCAUAUCAGCAUUGUGGUCAUUGGCCAUGUGGACUCCGGAAAGUCGACCACCACUGGUCAUCUUAUCUACAAGCUUGGUGGUAUUGACAAGCGUGUGAUUGAAAGAUUCGAGAAGGAGGCUGCUGAGAUGAACAAACGUUCAUUCAAGUACGCAUGGGUGCUUGACAAGCUCAAGGCAGAGCGUGAACGUGGUAUCACCAUUGAUAUUGCUCUCUGGAAGUUUGAGACCACCAAGUACUACUGCACAGUCAUUGAUGCUCCAGGACAUCGUGAUUUCAUCAAGAACAUGAUUACUGGAACUUCUCAGGCUGAUUGUGCCGUCCUUAUCAUUGACUCCACCACUGGAGGUUUUGAAGCUGGUAUUUCCAAGGAUGGGCAAACCCGUGAGCACGCGUUGCUUGCAUUUACACUUGGUGUCAAGCAGAUGAUCUGUUGUUGCAACAAGAUGGAUGCUACAACCCCCAAGUACUCCAAGUCGAGGUUUGAAGAAAUUGUGAAGGAAGUGUCUUCAUAUUUGAAGAAAGUUGGGUACAACCCUGACAAAAUUGCAUUCAUUCCUAUCUCUGGAUUUGAAGGUGACAACAUGAUUGAUAGGUCUACCAACCUUGAUUGGUACAAGGGACCUACUCUACUUGAGGCCCUUGACCAGAUCUCUGAGCCAAAGAGACCCUCAGACAAGCCUCUUCGUCUACCCCUUCAGGAUGUUUACAAGAUUGGUGGUAUUGGAACUGUGCCUGUGGGACGUGUUGAAACUGGUGUGAUCAAGCCUGGUAUGGUUGUGACUUUUGGUCCUUCUGGAUUGACCACUGAAGUUAAGUCUGUUGAGAUGCACCACGAGGCUCUCCAAGAGGCUCUUCCCGGUGACAAUGUCGGAUUCAAUGUUAAGAAUGUUGCUGUAAAGGAUCUCAAGCGUGGUUAUGUUGCCUCCAACUCCAAGGAUGAUCCCGCCAAGGAAGCUGCUAACUUCACUGCCCAAGUUAUCAUCAUGAACCACCCUGGUCAGAUUGGAAACGGAUAUGCUCCAGUGCUUGAUUGUCACACUUGCCACAUUGCUGUCAAGUUUGCUGAAAUCCAAACCAAGAUUGAUCGUCGUUCUGGUAAGGAGCUCGAGAAGGAGCCUAAGUUUUUGAAGAACGGAGAUGCUGGGUUCGUUAAGAUGAUUCCAACCAAGCCUAUGGUGGUUGAGACCUUUAUGUCUUACCCUCCUCUUGGUAGAUUUGCUGUGCGUGACAUGAGGCAGACUGUUGCUGUUGGAGUCAUCAAGAGUGUGGAGAAGAAGGAUCCUACCGGAGCCAAGGUCACCAAAGCUGCCAUCAAGAAGAAAUGAACUGGGUCAGUUGGAGGUUACCGUUGUUUUGUUAGUGCAGGGUGGGUUUGUUACUGCUCUCUUGCACUUUUAAUUUUGAGUGGAGUUUUUGUUCGGAUUCGUUUUGUUCUGUUGGGCACCUGGUGUCAGAAUUGGGUGCUUGACAGGCGAUGGCAGACCAGCCCUCUACUUUUGUUGUUCUUCCUCUAUAUUUGAGUUUAUGUAUUAAAGACUAAAUUCUUGUUUUAACAGUGGUCUCAAUUCAGAGAACUUUAUUUAUGGCAAGUGAUUUUUAAGUUAAA